UCAACGCUCACACUCGCAUGGCCUGGCUUGCGUCGGUAUAUCGCAUGGUAUCGCAUCGCAUCGUAUCGCGCGAAGAAGUUGCCGUGCGCGAUCGUGCGCUUUCGUGGCUCGUUAUCGGACGGUGCCAAUGCCGUAGAGCCUGCGAACCGGCGCUCCAACGUCGGCAUCGGCAAACCGUUUGCCGUAAACGAACUGUGCUGAAGGUGCGGGAAACCGCUCGCUGUGCAUCUGCGCCCGGGAGGACCCAUCGCGAGGCAAAAUGGCGGCUACGCACUUAGACGUCGGCCUUCGCUGCAUCAAGUACUUGCUGUGCGCGGUCAACUCUCUUUUCGUGUUGACCGGGGUGAUGAUAAUAUCAGUCGGCACGACGAUCUACGCCGUGUAUGAAAACUUCUCGCAUUUUCUGGAUCCGAGCUAUUUUUCGCCCGCCACCGUCUUGAUCGUGGUUGGAAUACUUGUCUUCAUAAUCGCGUUUAUGGGAUGUUGCGGCGCGCUCAGGGAAAGCACCUGUAUGGUUCUUGUGUUUGCAGUCUUGCUGUCGCUUGUUUUGAUAAUGGAACUUGCCGCCGCUGUUGCUGCGUAUGCCUUGCAGGAUGGUAUUAAGGAUCUCCUAGCUGGGAAGAUUAAUGUAACGAUGUAUCAGUACGAAAAGAAUGAGGAAGCAAAACUCGCAAUCGAUUUUAUGCAAUCUAGGUUACGUUGUUGUGGGUAUAACAGCUAUCUGGAUUGGAACAAAAUACCAUUCAAUAAUACGCAUAUGGACGUACCUGACUCUUGCUGCGCAUAUCUAGCCGAUGAACUUACGGAUCGUUGUUAUGGGAAAUACCAAGACGGCUGUAUAAACCGCCUUUCUAUCAUUGUUCAUCGCAGUGCACUGUACAUCGGCACGGGAGCCAUAGCAAUCGCUCUUAUUCAACUGACGGGAAUUAUGUUCGCGUGUAUGCUUGGCCGAGCUAUCAGACGUCAAAAGACAGAAAGAGAGAGACGUCGUUGGGAAUUACGAGAGAAUCUGGUGAACGGUUAUGAACCAUUGGGAAAAUCGGAUCCCGUAACUACAUUCCCCGUAGUAUACAUGUCGCCAGACUAUCCACUGAAAGCCGAUCAGAAAUGUUAAUAUUUUGUAUUGUUUAUUUUUUUGUUGAGCUCGCAAAGAAAAAUUGGCAAAAUUGAGUAAUAAGGACAAAA